AUGUAUGUGGUCAAGGUCGCGGACCUCUUGCGGAUGGAGGGCCCCCCCGAGCCCCACGAGCAGCUGAAGCGCCAAGGACUUUUGCACGAGUGGCGGCCCGGGAUGUUCACGAUCUUUGUUUCGCAUCAGUGGCUGGGCCAAGAGCACCCCGACCCCUCGGGGCGGCAGCUCUCGGUGCUGCGCGCGGCGCUCGAGCGGAUGAGCGACGGACGACUUCAGGUGGAAUGCGACCUGGUCUCCUUUCCGCACGAACGGUUUCUGACCAAGCGGGACCGGCAGCACAUCGCGGAGGGCUACGUCUUCUUGGUUGCUUCCGGGGCCAGGCUUUCGAGUGCCUUGGAACAAGACGUUCUGAAGGCGUUUCGAGUGAGCAGCAACAACCACGACCUUUUCCUCGUCCUGGACUUCACUGUCCCCUUACCCCAACGACUGGAGCUCAUUGCCUUUGCUGUCCAGCUGGUGCGGCAGGUGGCGAGGCAUGCGAACCACGCGACAUCUCUCUCCCUGAGCUUUGGAGUGGUGGUCUUCCAUGAGGAUGUGAGCUACGAAGUGGCCCUGAACCCUGAUUACAUCCACGUGCAGGACCAGCUCCUACAUCCAGACUUUGGCAACUGGGGCAACGCGACGGGUGGCCUCUCACGGAAGACGGGUGAGGCGCUCGAGUUCUGUGGUGACCUCAUCGAAGUGCGUGAGGACCACGCAGUGCUGGUGGUGCUCACGAAUGGCUUGUCCGCGAACGCGUCGCAGACCGUGCUGAUGGCCCGAGAGCUCCACGACCAGGAGGCCGUGCUUUAUGCCAUCGGCCUGGACGAUCCGUCGACGCGCAGUGCAGACCGGACCUGGGAGCUGCUGGAGAUGGCCACGGAUUACUGGCCGGUAGAUGCUUUCUUCAACCGUAGCAACUCCACAAAUUUGACGGAGAUGAUGAAUCUCAACUUCACCAACCUGAGCCACUGGAAUAGCUGGAACCUGACCAACCUCACCUAUGACAAUGCCAGCAACUGGACGGAGUAUGCAGGGCCUCCGAUGCCAUUGAUGGAACUGGCACAUCUCUUGGCGCCUGACAUCAUCGCUUACUUUGAGAUGCUGACGCCCCAUGGUCCAGCGGCGCCUAGCGGUCCACCAGGGCCCAGCGUCACAACGAGCAGCGCCGGUGGGCUAAGCACUACUGAGGCAAUAGUGGAGCCAGGUCCAGAGCCCCCUGAGGGGCUGGGGGCUGGUAUCAUCGUUGUGCUGGUUUUGGGCAUCAUGUGCUGCUUGGGGUCCGUCAUAGGUGUGGUCUACUACCUCUGGGAGCGGCGCCAGAAGGCCUCCGUGAAGCCCAGCCCCGGCCACGCGGCUCCCAGCCCGGUGGUCCCCACAGCAGGGCCCCCAGACAGGUCCCCGCGGCCGCCGCCGCCCAAGGGGCCGCGGCCGAUGGACGAGACGCAACAGGCGCUUUCGGAUGCCAUCGAGGCUCAGGAACUCACCAGGCUCAGGGCCUUGCUGGGGGAGAUUUUAUUGAAAGGAUGGCCCAAGAGGAGGUAUUCAGACCUGGUGUUGAAAGGAUUGGACACCGUCGCCAAGUUGAAGCCCUCGGCAGCCAUGAGGCUGGAAGAGGCAUUGAUCCACCCCGAGACCGGCCUCGACACCCGCCUGGCGGACGCGCGCCUGGCCGGAGUGGAUCCCACGUUGCUGCGCAGGGCCGAGGAGCUACGGCAGACACGCGCGCAGUUCGCACAAAAAGAUGUGCGCCGUUCGUUCGGGCGGCCGGCCGUUCGGGACUGGUUCGCCAUCCCGCAGAUCACCGCGCGCACCGCGGGCGUCAACGAGGACACCGUGAAGUCCGACGCAGCGGCAGCGGUGCAGAGCAUCCCGGGCUACGUGGAGGCCGCCAACCUGUUCCUGGCACUUGUCCCAGAGAUCGUGCACAGCAACGGCGUACCGUGCAAUUACGCCACGUGGCUCUCCAGAGGUUGGUGCCGAGCUGAGUGGUGGUGUCACCUCCUCUCCAACAAGGUGGACUCCAGUGUCAUUCUUGUCUACUCGGCCAAGGAGGCGGAGUUCAUGUUUCCGCUGAAUUGGCAGCAUCACAUCGUGUCGCGAGGGAACUUCACGGUCGAAAGCGAUCGAGAGGUGGUCGUGAGACUCAGCGAAAAGGCCUUGGAGAGCAAGAUCCGAUUCCUGCACAGGACCGGUGACUGGAGCAUGUAUCGCUACCUGUUGGCACAACGACCGCGGCUCCUGGCGGAGGAGCCGGUGGAGGCUCCCAGUGUGGAGGACUUCUGUGAGCAGUUCCACUUCAAAAACGCCCAAGAGGCUGUCUCCAGCCCAGGCCCCAUGACGGGCAUGCUGUGCGCCAUAUUUGCGGGCGAUGUGCCGAUGGUUCGGCGCUUGGUGAUGCAACGAUCGGACGUGAACGCCCGGGUGAAGGACUUGGGACAUUUGGGCUUCUUCGACACACAAAGCCUCCUGAUCUCAGCCACCAAGUCGAAUCAGAAUGCCAAGAUGCUCACCACCUUGAUCGAGCUGCGCGCGGACGUGGAGCUCCGCAGCCGAGUGGGCGUCAACUGUGCCUUUGUGGCGCGAGCCCCUGAACAUGUGGAAGUCUUCCUGAAGGCUCGAGCAGAUUUGCAUUCCCCGUGCAUGCCCAUGGGUUUGACGCCCCUGACUGGGGCGGUGGUCUGGUCCUCCACCGAAACCGUGAUGGCCAUGUUGGAAGCUCGCUGCGAUCCCAAUCCACCUCAUUUGGGCGCCGGCUACGGACCACUGCAUGGCUUGACCUUCUUGGCCCGCUCGCGAUUGGACUCGCGGAAGAUCGCCGAGACGUUGAUCGCCCACCGGGCAGACGUGAAUACGCGGGCAGCCCCCAGUGGCUUGGUGGGCUUCUUGUCGGCUGCGUCCAGGCUUCAUGCCGCAGCGGUGGGCACUGAAACAAUUUCAUCCUUGAAAAAGACCUUGAUCUCUUUACCAGGCCUCACGGCCUUGGGAUGCGCCGCGUUCGUGGGGGACGAGCAGCUGGCGCGGCUCUUCCUGGAGCACGGCGCGGAGAUCCGCGCCAACGACCGGGGCGAUUUGCCCAUCGAUUCUGCCAUGUUGAAUGGGCACGAAAACAUACUGCCGCUCUUCGACACCUUUGCUGUUUGA